AUGUAUGACAAGAAGAAAUACAGUGGAUGUUCAUAUGCAAGUCUUGGAGAUUUCCAGAAGCAGAUGUUCAGAGUUGACAUGGAUGUAUUAAAUAUUUCAGUGAGAAUACUGAUAGUGGAACCUCGUUCAGAACAUGUAUCCAGUACAGCUGGGGACAUCAUAACAGCACAGAGGGCCGCACUCAAUCCUGAAGUAGUAGAUAUUGUAACAGCACAGAGGGCCACACUCAAUCCUGUACCAGCACAGAGGGCCGCACUCAAUCCUGAAGUAGUAGACAUUGUAACAGCACAGAGGGCCGCACUCAAUCCUGAAGUAGUAGACAUUGUAACAGCACAGAGGGCCGCACUCAAUCCUGUAACAGCACAGAGGGCCGCACUCAAUCCUGUAACAGCACAGAGGGCCGCACUCAAUCCUGUAACAGCACAGAGGGCCGCACUCAAUCCUGAAGUAGUAGACAUUGUAACAGCACAGAGGGCCGCACUCAAUCCUGAAGUAGUAGACAUUGUAACAGCACAGAGGGCCGCACUCAAUCCUGUAACAGCACAGAGGGCCGCACUCAAUCCUGAAGUAGUAGACAUUGUAACAGCACAGAGGGCCGCACUCAAUCCUGUAACAGCACAGAGGGCCGCACUCAAUCCUGUAACAGCACAGAGGGCCGCACUCAAUCCUGAAGUAGUAGACAUUGUAACGGCACAGAGGGCCGCACUCAAUCCUGUAACAGCACAGAGGGCCGCACUCAAUCCUGAAGUAGUAGACAUUGUAACAGCACAGAGGGCCGCACUCAAUCCUGAAGUAGUAGACAUUGUAACAGCACAGAGGGCCACACUCAAUCCUGUAACAGCACAGAGGGCCGCACUCAAUCCUGUAACAGCACAGAGGGCCGCACUCAAUCCUGUAACAGCACAGAGGGCCGCACUCAAUCCUGAAGUAGUAGACAUUGUAACAGCACAGAGGGCCGCACUCAAUCCUGAAGUAGUAGACAUUGUAACAGCACAGAGGGCCGCACUCAAUCCUGUAACAGCACAGAGGGCCGCACUCAAUCCUGUAACAGCACAGAGGGCUGCACUCAAUCCUGAAGUAGUCGACAUUGUAACGGCACAGAGGGCCGCACUCAAUCCUGUAACAGCACAGAGGGCCGCACUCAAUCCUGAAGUAGUAGACAUUGUAACGGCACAGAGGGCCACACUCAAUCCUGAAGUAGUAGUCUGUGGUAACAGCACAGAGGGCCGCACUCAAUCCUGA